AGUUUGAAUCGCUGAGGGGCGGACAUUGAAGUGAAGCGUCUCCGUAACCUCUCCUGGGCCUGAGAGAAAUAUUCAACCAUUCACAUAAACAAAGGAAUCAAGAUAAUCAACAAUGUCUGUCACUGAGGAAGACCUGUGUCAUCACAUGAAAGUAGUUGUUCGUGUGCGUCCUGAGAACACAAAAGAAAAGGCAUCUGGAUUCCAUAAAGUGGUCCAUGUUGUGGAUAAGCAUAUUCUAGUUUUUGAUCCCAAGCAAGAAGAAAUCAGUUUUUUCCAUGGAAAGAAAACUGUAAAUCGAGAUAUUACAAAGAGACAAAAUAAGGACCUUAAAUUUGUAUUCGAUGCUGUUUUUGACGAAACUUCAACUCAAUUGGAAGUUUUUGAACACACUACUAAGCCAAUUCUUCGUAGUUUUUUGAAUGGAUAUAAUUGCACAGUACUUGCAUAUGGUGCCACUGGAGCUGGGAAGACCCACACAAUGCUAGGAUCAGCUGCUGAACCUGGAGUGAUGUAUCAAACAAUGUUAGACCUUUACAAAUCCAUGGAUGAGAUUAAAGAAGAGAAAGUAUGUAGUACUGCAGUUUCUUAUCUGGAGGUAUAUAAUGAACAGAUUCGUGACCUCUUAGUAAAUUCAGGGCCACUUGCUGUCCGGGAAGAUGCCCAAAAAGGGGUGGUUGUUCAGGGACUAACUUUACAUCAGCCCAAAUCCUCAGAGGAAAUUUUACAGUUAUUGGAUAAUGGAAACAAAAACAGGACACAGCAUCCCACUGAUAUGAAUGCUACAUCUUCUCGUUCUCAUGCUGUUUUCCAGAUUUAUUUGAGACAACAAGAUAAAACAGCAAGUAUCAAUCAAAAUGUCCGAAUUGCCAAGAUGUCACUCAUUGACCUGGCAGGGUCUGAAAGAGCCAGCUCUACCAGUGCUAAAGGGACCCGGUUUAUAGAAGGCACAAAUAUUAAUCGAUCACUUUUAGCUCUUGGGAAUGUUAUCAAUGCCUUAGCAGAUACAAAGAGAAAGAAUCAGCAUAUUCCUUACAGAAAUAGUAAGCUCACUCGCUUGUUAAAGGAUUCUCUUGGAGGAAACUGUCAAACUAUAAUGAUAGCUGCUGUUAGUCCUUCCUCUGUGUUCUACGAUGACACCUAUAACACUCUUAAGUAUGCUAACCGUGCAAAGGACAUUAAAUCUUCUUUGAAGAGCAAUGUUCUUAACCUCGACAAUCAUAUAACUCAGUAUGUAAAGAUCUGUAAUGAACAGAAGGAAGAGAUUUUAAUGUUAAAAGAAAAACUAAAGGCCUAUGAAGAACAGAAAGCCUUUACUGAUGAAAAUAACAAAGUAAUGAUUUCAAACCCUCAGGAAAAAGAAAUUGAAAGAUUUCAAGAAAUUCUGAACUGCUUGUUCCAGAAUCGAGAAGAAAUCAGGCAAGAAUAUCUGAAGUUAGAAAUGUUACUUAAAGAAAAUGAACUUAAAUCAUUCUAUCAACAACAGUGCCAUAAGCAAAUAGAAAUGAUGUGUUCUGAAGACAAAGUAGAAAAGGCCACUUGCAAAAGAGAUCAUAGACUCGCAAUGUUGAAAACUCGCCGCUGCUACCUGGAGAAGAAAAGGGAAGAGGAACUGAAGCAAUUUGAUGAGAAUACUAAUUGGCUCCAUCGUGUGGAAACUGAAAUGGGACUCUUAGGUCAAAAUGGUCAUAUUCCAAAGGAACUCAAUAAAGAACUUCAUUGCCACCAUUUGCACCUCCAGAACAAAGAUUUGAAAGCACAAAUUAAACAUAUGAUGGAUCUAGCUUGUCUUCAAGAACAGCAACACAGGCAGACGGAGGCAGUAUUGAAUGCUUUACUUCCAGCCCUAAGAAAACAGUAUUGUGCAUUAAAAGAAUCUGGCCUGUUAAAUGCUACUUUUGAGUCUGACUUCAAAGAAAUUGAACAUUUGGUAGAAAGGAAGAAAGUGGUGGUUUGGGCUGACCAAACUACUGAACAUGCAAAGCAAAAUGAUCUACCAGGGGUUUCUAUUCUUAUGACCUUUCCACAACUUGGACCAGUUCAGUCUUCUCCUUGUUGCACAUCUUCGAGUGAUUCCAAUCUGCUUAAAAUUCCUCCACAAAAAAGGACCCGAAGAAAAUUAAUGCCUUCUCCCUUGAAAGCAAAACAUCCCCAAAAAUCUACACUGUCUGAAAAUAUGCCGCUCAAUGAUUCCCUCAGCAGAGAACUUCAACCCAUUGUGUAUACUCCAGAAGACUGUAGAAAAACUUCUCAAUAUCCAUCUGCAGUGACCUUAUUAAAAUCGUCAUCACAUACUACCAGUUUUCAGGACAUCAACUCAAAUACAAACAGUGAUAAUUCUCUGAAAAUGUUGUGUGAAGUGGAUAUCCCUCUCAGCAAGAGAAAAGAAUAUGGCCAGGAGGAUUUGGAGUCUACAUUUAUUAUACGUGAAGACACCAAUAGCUUGAAAAGUAAAUUACCUGAACAAGAAUCACUACCAAACAAUAACAUUUUACAAAGGCUUGCCCCUUCUUCAUUCUCAACUAAACAUUCUCUGCCUAUACCAAGCAUAGUACCAUCCUACAUGGCAAUGACUGCUGCUGCCAAAAGGAAACGGAAACUAACAAGCUCUACAUCAAAUACCUCACUAAGUGCUGAGGUAAAUUCUGGAUCUGCCAAGCGUGUUCACCAAGAUAAUUCAAGUGAUAAGCACUUCCAAGAAAACAGACCAACAAUGGAAUAUAAAAGAAACAUCCAUAAAGUAAAGCCAAGCAUGGUUAGAAAAUUUGGAAGAAGUAUUUCAAAAGGAAAUCUAAGAUAA